UCAUUCUCAUGCCGUGGCCGUCAAUCUAGAGGCGCACGAGCAAUUGCAGGUGCAAAGCUGAGUGCUACUGCAACCGAGGAAGGAGGAUAAAACAACGCACACAUUUCAAGAUGGCGUCUGCAAAUGCCACAUACGGACAGAAGGAGACCUCGGACCAGAACUUUGAUUACAUGUUUAAAAUCCUCAUCAUCGGCAACAGCAGCGUAGGAAAGACAUCCUUCCUUUUCCGCUAUGCAGAUGACUCCUUCACACCAGCCUUUGUCAGUACAGUGGGCAUUGACUUUAAGGUCAAGACCAUAUACAGGAACGACAAGAGGAUAAAGCUGCAGAUCUGGGACACUGCUGGCCAGGAACGCUACAGGACUAUCACCACAGCUUAUUACAGAGGAGCAAUGGGUUUCAUCCUCAUGUAUGACAUCACUAACGAGGAAUCCUUCAAUGCUGUGCAAGACUGGUCAACUCAGAUCAAGACAUACUCAUGGGACAAUGCUCAGGUGCUCCUGGUGGGAAACAAGUGUGACAUGGACGAUGAACGAGUUGUGGCUCCAGAGAGAGGUCGACAGCUGUCAGAACAGCUGGGUUUUGAGUACUUUGAAGCAAGUGCCAAAGAUAACAUUAAUGUGAAGCAGACGUUCGAGCGGCUGGUGGACAUCAUCUGUGAGAGGAUGGCCGAGAGCCUGGACAACAACGACCCCACUGUUACCGGAGCUAAACAGGGGCCACAGCUUAACGAGCAGCCUCAAAGGCCCCAUCAGGAUUGUGCUUGCUAAACACGACUUCACACACUUGACUGCUGUCCUGAAAUACACACUGAUCUCACGCUUUCUCUUUCAUACAUACACACACAGUACAUACAUACAUACAUACACACACUUAUGUAUCACAAACUAACACUGCCAUACAGAGUCACACAACCUGACUGCUUUCAUUCUCCACCCUGCUCACUACACCACGUCCACAAAAGCCAGCUUUUUCCCCUCGAGUGUGGUGUUUUUAUUCAAGAUGUCAUUCACAUUUGUUUUUGUUCAUUACAUGUGUGACGCAGGAGAUAUGCGAUGGAGGUCGUGUAGUCAAUGGGGUGAGGAAUGUACAUCAAAGGUGUCAACAAUCCCAAAUUUCCAUUUUGUUUUGUUUUCAAAAUCAUACACAUACACAUAUAUACACAACGCUGAGGCUGCAUCAUAUCUUCUGCAAUUGGGGUUUACUUGUUAAAGGUUGUGCAGGGAAAGCUAUUCUCCUCCACCUCCAGGUCCCACUCAGCACUAAUGCCUCAAACCUAAAUGGAUAACAAACAUUUGCCGUUGUUUAACGUGUAGUCCCAUUGAGAACAUACAUUUGUUGCUGUGGAUAGAGUUGAUGUUUCUUUAUAAUCGUUUUUGUGUGGGUUGUUUUUUUUUUGGUUUUGAGCAUGUCUCAUUCUUCCCAGUGUUGAGUUUUUACAGAUAAUCGUGGUCCAAGUUUGUCGUUCGAACAGGGUCAGUUUUGAAAGUUUACGUUUAAUUUUAGGUACAAGUGCGAGAAUAGCAAAAGUCAUGCAUAUCGUCGUGGGCCCCUGUUAGUGAGAGGGCGGCAGUGUUUGCUUCAGGGGCUAUAGAUUUAAUUUUUUUUUUUUUAACUUUUGUUACUAUUUUUAAGACAAAAUAAAAAUCAUAAGGGAUGUAUUUAAUUACACAGCGGAGAGUGUAUAAAAGUUAUAAAUGAAUAGAUUAAAAAAAACAUAUAACUAACAUAUUAUUAUACAAUUUCAAUGAUUUAGGGACAUUGGAUUUCUACCUGUCUCUUACUGAGAGGUGCAUGUUGUUGUGUUUUAACAUGUGAUGGUUGACUGGAUGGCUGUGUGAUUUACUGGCUGAAUUUAAAACCCAUCUGUCUGAUAGUUUCAGUACCAAGUGGCGCUAAGGGGCUUCACAUGAUAAGCCCAUUGCCCCCUUCUCUUUGUAUUAACUUACAUUCACUGCAUACAGUUUGCACCAUGCAUUCACUAGAGAGGCAUGAGAUUCAGUGAGAGCACUGCUUCGCCAUCACCUUCCACCUAGUUUCUUAUAAUGUGUAAUUUUAGAGGAUGUUUUCAUAUUUAUUUUCAGGGGGAACAUGAUAUUUUAAAGCACGCUAAAUUUCAGAAUGUAACUUUUAUUUCCCUCUCUCUGAUGCUAUGGUUAGGGAUUUGUCUGCUCGUGUACAAAUUUGUGUCUGCAAAUCGGUUCAAAGAUGUGCCGUGGCAACAUCUAAAUUAUUUCAAAAUAGAUCUUAUUUAUUUUGUAUUAUUUAUAACCUAAUUUAUUUUAAAGAUAGUAUUCUUCACUAGAUUAUGCGUUGCUAUCAGCACUUGGAUUUUUAAUGAGCUGUUCAAUCGUACUCAGUUGCUUAAACUGAAUAGUUUUAGUGUUUACAGUAAGUACAACAUUUAACUUGCUUCCUCAAGAGGAAAAUCAAACAUUCCAGUGUGACAGCCUCUUAUCACAUCCACACAGUUCUGGUGGGAAGUCGGUUUGUCUUUUGAUACGAGUUAUGUAACUUUCAAGACUUGGUAGUGUAGGAGCCGACGCGCAGAGCAAUAGCAGUUCUUUCUCUCCACACCCAAGUAUUUAGCAACGUACAACCCUGCUGAAGGUUUGUCACAUACUGAGCUGUACGUGGGUGUGUGAAGGCAGACUUAAUAAUAAUAACUCUUCUUUCCAAAGAAUCUCGAUGAUAAGUUAGGAGCCAAAAAAAAAGAGUUUGUUACACACACUGUACAGACUUGUACUGACAAACUUGUCUAGUAGUGCUUUAUAGCGUCAAAAGGGGAGAAAUGGUUUUGGGAGUAAUCUGAAUAUUCUGAACACUUCAUUAAACAAAGUGACGAUUCUUACAUUGCAUAUGGCUGUUGAUUUUUGUUAUUUAAAUUAUGUUUUGCUACUGCUGUGAUCUCACAGAUGGCUGAGAAACACAUGUCGAUCCUGUUCAACCCCUUCUCUUUUCUCCCUCUCUGUCAUAAACUCUGUAAAUAGGAAUUUUUCUGACCGUCGGGUAUUAGUUGUGUGAAUUGUGCUGUAACUCUGUAAUGCCAGAUUUGCUAAAAAUGAGGAAUCAAUAAACAAAAGUCUAAAUGCUGGA